AUGGAAACAUAUGACAGGGAAGCGGACUCAAUUACAGAGGGCGACCAGCGGCCGUCCAAGAGGAGGAGGAGCACUGCGACAACUUUGCAUCCACCUCGUGAAGUUGGACUGAUGCGCAGUAUCCCCGGUGACAAGAUCUCGAGCUUUGUUGGCAGUUCUAGUGGCGUCUACUUCAUUCGUUCCGUUUACAGUGCUUUUCGUUCGCACCUCAAUGCGACAGCUCCUAUUCCAUCUCCAGAGGUUCCCGGAGAAGAUGACAACCUGCCUUCCGCAUCUCCAAAUGGGUCCAAACGGAUAUGGCGUGGCAAUGAAGUGGCUCCGCAUGGAUCGUCAACCAUCACUUUCCAGAAGCUAGUUGAUUGGAGUCAGAGCUACUUCGCAAACUGGCAUCCAGCUUAUCCGUUCCUCCAUGCCCCGGCUGUCCUUAGUUUCUUUGAGAGCCUAUCGCAGGGACGCGAUGCAAGAGAAUCCCCAACUUCAGAUUCCGAAUUCAUCAUACUGAGGGCCAUAAUGUCUAUAUCGCUUGCGGAUCGACGCCAAAGCUCGUCCGACAAUGAGGAACCAUAUCCAGCGGAGCUUGUUUUCCAGUCUUACGACGAGGCAAGCAACAGUGUCCAGCACGCGUUUUCGCAGCCAGUCUCCAUGCAAUCCCUCCAAGCUGCUCUAAGUGUGCAGUUGUUCCUUGUUUCAAUGCUUCGAUUCAACGCCGCUUCUCGGCUUGGAGGGCUCAUCAUCCGCAUGGCCCUUCAGAUGGGUCUUCAUCGUUGCCCACAACGGUAUCCAUCUUUCUCUCCUAUUCAAAGAGAGCUUCGACAUCGUGUAUUUUUCUCACUGUAUUGUAUCGAUCGGUUUAUUUGUCAGUCGACUGGUCUUCCACUCAGCCUGCGUGAUGACGACAUUGAUGUCUGCUAUCCAAGUCUCGAGCGCCAUGCCGAUGGCCAAGCUUCUUCAGUAGAUGGCCGGUUGCGACUAUUGGAGUUCCUGUCACGACAUUGCCAUAUUCGAGGAGAUAUCAUGGAGUUCAAGCACAAGAGCAUCCAGCAUGCACAAAGGGAGACAGACCAAGCCAUGGUCAUCACCUCAAAGCUCGUAAAGCUCGCAAACGACGUUGAUGAGUUUAUCGACUUCGAUGAGAAUCAUCCCCCGACAUUGUCACCGUUUCACAGCACACUCUUGAAAAUACUGCACCACGAGUCAGUGGUAUCCUUGAAUCGCCCUAUCAUCGCUUCCAACAGUAGCGGCUCGACAUAUGAGGCAGCUUUGCAACAGUGCAUUGGAUCGGCGCGAGCGAUCAUUACAUCGUUGCACGACGCUAUCGCGACUACUCCUCUUAGGGAGCAGGCUUCAUUUACCUUAUUUUGGCCUUCAUUUACCUGGGCAGUAUGGAUGAGCACCUUCAUCUUGUUUCACGCUGCCUAUACUAAGCACGUCUCCACAGCCAUGGUUUCAAGAUUGGCAGAUAAAAGCCUCAGGGUACUGGAACACCUGGCGCGCAGAGGAAGUGUUUGGCCCGAGGCCUGCGGCGCAGCCAUCAAAGACCUACAGACUCGGUUGACGCGCAACACAAGCAAGAGAAUAUGGGAAAGCGGGGUAAUCAGGCCCGAGAGUUCAACGCCGUCUCCAUAUGACAACGCUACUUCGGUCGCGUCGCCCCAUGUGAUUACGUCGCAUACCCCGACCCAGACCACGAUACCUACCUUGUCAGAGCCUGCCCAGGAACAUAUCGUUGCAGAUGCCACGCCCACUCAUCGCCCGGGCGCUCGAGUCACCGCCACUGGGCGUAUUUCGCGGGGGUCGUACGAUCUCGACAAUAUAUCGGUGCCAGCGGACACCGGUUCGUACGUGCAGACGAGUGACAACAAUCCUAACAUUGUACCUUUAGGUGACUUUUCUCAAAACGGUCUAACACUGGAUCAAUCUUUUCCAUUUUCAAGCAACGAUGACCACGAUCCAUUUGCCGGCUUCGACAUUCCUUUUUGGCUAGGUCAGGAUCAGUACGCUGGGAUGAUCAAUGAAUGGUCCUGA